UUGAAGACAGCAUUGUUCCAUUGUCUAUAAAUACAGUAGAUGUGUCAGUUAAACACCAGAUAUUAUGAGCAAUUUAAAGAGAAAACCUUUGUCAGGCACUGAAAGCAGAAAACACAAAAUUGCAAAAACAACAACCACAAUGACAUCAUCCACCAUUGCAGUGUCAUCAUGUGCAUUAUUCAGACAAGAGACAGGGGAUAUCUAUUUUAAAGGAGCUGCUUUUCCAUUUGUCAAGGCUCUUACAAUGGUGAAUCAACGUUUGACUGAUGGCCAAGAGCGGUUUAAAAUUGUGCUGAUACCUUCUGACGGUCAGGACACUGAUCACCUGAAAAAAAACAUUGAAAAAUACGGGCUGAAUAUUGACCCAGUCUGUGAGAUUACUGGUGAAAAACCCCUCCUUGAUCAUCUUAAUGAGAUCAAGCCUGUUCUCUACCUGUCCACAAACCCACAGAAUGUGAGAGAGGCCAUCAGUGCAGGAUAUGGAGCAGCCACAAUGUUCCAGAGAGAUUACCACGAGCCCAGUGAUGAAGUGUUACGUGUGGCCUUUGAUGGCGAUGGAGUCCUGUUUUCAGAUGAGUCUGAGAGAGUCUACAAAGAGAAAGGACUACAAAGUUUCUAUGAUAAUGAACGUGAUAAGGAGGACGAACCUUUGGAACAGGGCCCACUAAGUAAGUUUUUUUCAAGCAUUGGUACAUUUCCAGCAGAAGUUCAAUAAAAAUUGUCCAAUUCGUACCUACUUGGUAACAUCACGUGGCACAUCAAGUCCUGGAAUAAGAGCCCUGAAGACUCUUCAGAAGGAAAAGCUGGAGAUAAAUGAGGCAUUCUUUCUGAGUGGUGCCCAUAAAGGGCCAGUGCUGAAAGCAAUCAGACCUCACAUUUUCUUUGACGACCAGAUCCCACACGUUGAUGGAGCCCUUCAAAAUGGGGUUAUUGGUGCUCAUGUACCUUAUGGUGUGAGCAAUGAGUGAGAAUUAAACCUGAUUUGAUUAAAGGUGUGACAUGCACUGCCCUGCAGGUGGUGUAGCACAAUAAUUUCUUCUAUAAUGUGAUUUAUAAUGUCAGGACAGCUAAAUUUGGUGAUUAUUUAUGAUUUUGUUUUUUAAGGUUUAAAGUGUAAAUGAAAUUAAGGCAAAAGCUGAUUUUAAU